GCUGAACUAGGUAAAAUUUUGCAAUAUAUAUAUAUAUAUUUUUUAAUGACGAUAAUCACAGGGGUGUGUUUAUUGCUGUUUUUGAAAUACAUUACAAAAUAUUCUUCUUUGACUUUUAUAUUUCACAAGGAAUUAUUUACACGUUAACACCGGACUUCUGCUAUUGCCGCUAUUCACAAGGUCCCAUUACCAACGUGUGGCCAUGGCAGAGGGAGAGGGGAUGAUCGGUAGGAUAGGACUAGAGACACGGCUGAGAGAAUGGGGUAUAGAAUUCGACGUUGCGGAACAUCCUGAGGUUUUCACUGUUGAACAAGCGCUACCACACAUCGAACAUCUGAACGGAAUGUUUGCGAAGAAUCUAUUCCUUCGAGACAAAAAGAAACGGCUCUACCUGUUUUGCGCACCCCAUGAUGCUGACAUAAAACUAAACGAACUUUCAAAACUUGUUGGAGCGUCUGGAGGACUCAGAUUUGCAGACGAGAGCGUUCUCCAAGAGAAGCUUGGCUUAACACAGGGUGCUGUGACAGUAUUCGGAAUUAUUAAUGACAAAAAUAAAGAUGUGCAACUUGUUUUAGACAAACGACUAUGCGAUGGAACAUAUCCAAAGCUGUAUUUUCAUCCAAUGGUUAACAGUGCCUCUACUGGUAUUACUUCAGAGGGACUAAAUUUAUUCAUUCAGAAAUCCGGGCAUGAACCCAAAAUAAUUGAUUUGUGAUAUUCAUCAUGAUUGAUAGCAUUUUGGAAUACGAGCAUUUAUUUAUUGUAGAUAAGAAAUAUCCAUUCUGCAUAUUUUACAACACAGUAGCGUUUUUACAUUUAAUAAAGUGUUAAGAGACAUUA